GACCACGUCAUGUGACUUCAGUCAAUAAAAAUGAAAGCACUACUCAGCAGGUGUGAAGCUGUAGCUCUUGUUUUUAUCGUUACGUUGUAUUUUAACGCGAGUUAUCAGCUGACUGGGCCGAAGGUAUGUUCGUUCUGUGGUGGUACUGUCCAAAACAACACCUACGUGGGUAAUUUCUGCUCUUCAUCCGCUGGACGGCUUGACAAGAGGUGCUGUUUAGCAAAUGAUAACUCAAGCGACCCUGAACGCAUCAUCGGGUUGGAUUUAUCCAGUUGUUCACUGACUCAAGUGGAAGACCUUCCAGGAGCAUCCACAGUGGUGGUGAUAGAUCUCUCACUGAAUCCCAUUACCAACAUCAGUAAUGAGGUCUUCCAAGGAUUUCUUGACCUAAACUUCUUGAUUUUACCAGAGGACAUAGCUUGUCCAGGUGGGAAUGCUUCAUGGCAACAGAUCGAAGUCAAACAAGGGAACCAGCUUUGUAAGGACCAGAAGAACAUGUGCGACCAGACAGGACAGAUGUCUAUGAAUUGUCCAGAAAACUCCCUUUGCGGCCCCUAUGGUCCUGGCUCCUUUGAGUGUCGCUGUGAUGAAAAUUACCAUGGAUACAAGUGUCUUCGGCAGGCAGAAUUCCCAGUUCUGAAAGUUUUCGGGCCUCUUGCAGCGUCCACAGUUGUCAUCUCCUUCCUGUUGUGGAUUACCCAGAGACGCAAAGCCAAAUCACUCUGAGUGUGAGCUGCUUUUUAAUCUGACAAGAAACUGACUCCUGAAAGGGAUAAUAAUGCUGACAAAGCCCAGUGUGGCACCACACUCUGGUGUGAAUAUUUUAUAAAUGUUACUGUAUUUUAUUUUGGGGAGAGAAAAAAA